ACGCGCAGGCAGGAAGUCACCUUCUUUCUGGCGGAACUGAAAAAAGCAACACAGCAAUGGCAGCGACCUUGUACAGAGCAUGGCGUUACUAACAGUUUAAUGACCUAACCACCUGAAAUGCUCGUAUAUCGACCACAGGGACUGACGAUUUGGUGUGCAUAGCGUCUGUUUCAUGGUUCACAUCAUGUUCUCCUUCAUCAAGGCGGCUGUCGGCGGAUUGACCGGUGUAUGUAGAGCCCACGGUCACCAAGGUUCUUUACACAGCCACUUGAAAGUCCUAGCUGCUGGGCUGAAGACAUUUGAUGUCCCUCCAGAUUUCCGUGAUGUGGUGUUGCCGGAGAAACCCAAACUGAAGGUUAUGAACAAGGUACCUAACUUAAAAAAGGUCAAGAAAGAGAUGAAGAAGCUGCGGGAUAUCCAAGGCCCAGCUCAGGCAGCCAACACAUUCACAAGUGGACAGUAUGCUAUUGUGGCCCUUGGAGGGGGCUACAUUCACUGGGGUCACAUAGAGAUGAUUCGUCUCACCAUCAACCGCAAGAUGGAUCCCAAGACUACAUAUGCCCGCUGGCGCAUCAAUGCCCCGUAUAAACCUAUCACACGUAAAGGUCUGGGUCAGCGCAUGGGAGGGGGCAAGGGAGCCAUCGAUCACUACGUGACACCUGUCCGCUAUGGUCGUUUAAUUGUGGAGCUCGGAGGAAAGUUGGAGCUUGGGGAGAUUGAACAUGUCUUGACUCAAGUGGCAAAGAAGCUGCCCUUCCCUGCCAAGGCAGUGAGCAGAGAGAGCCUAGCUGCCCUGCAACAGAAGCAGGCUGAUAUGGAGCAAAAUAACCAGAAUCCCUGGACCUUCAAGCAGAUAGCUCAGGGCAACAUGCUGGGUAUCAGGAAGGUGCUCAGCCCCCACGACUUGCAUAAUCAUGGACGAUUUACAGGCAAAUUUCACCUCAAAGGGAGGGUGUGACAGGCCUGACGGACAGAAAUCAGUGUCAUACUGUAUUACCAUGUAGACCACAUCAUUGAAGAAGCAACCAAAACAUUGAAAGACUCUGGCUUUCAGUGACAUUUGGGGAUCUUUCCUGGUUUCUUUUUUUUUAUGCAUUGAUUGGGAUAGUUUUUCCCUUUUGUUGUUCACAAUUAAAACAAUAAACUAGAUAAUCUCGUUCAGUUUCA